AUGGGUGAGAAAGAGAGGUACCCGAGGGGAAUGGCUAGUCCAUCAAGAGGGGCUGAGAAGGACCGCGAAGGCGUAAAUUUGGGUCACGGUGGUAAUGGGCAGAUGAACAGUACUGGAAUGAGAAAGGUUGGUUCCCAAACAGACAUAGCGGACUUGGCCCUUAAGCAAACUACCCAUGUAGUUCAUGUUGUUCCAAGCCUCGACCCGACUCACCACAAAACGGUACGUAUUAUAGACAACCAUGGGACAUUAAGAGAUACCAUGAUGGUUGAGAGCUCACACACCUCCCUCCAAACUCACCUGGGAUUAGAAGAAGUACCGGAAGAUACCAUAAUCGCGGAGACACCAGAUAACUCCUCAAGACAGAUAGAUGGCUUCCAGUACACAUGGUCCGAGCUGAAUAUCGAGAAGAAACUAGAUCGAAUAAUUGCAAAUGAACAAUGGCUGGAUCACUUUGGCUCGGCGAUAGUUUCUCACUUACUAUGCCAUCAAUCCGACCAUACUCCAUUGAUGUUAAAUUGCAGAUGA